CCUGUUUUAAAAACACUGGUCUCACAGAGCCAGGCAUGGUGGCACAGGCCUGUAAUUCCAAGUGUUUUGGAGACAGAUGUAGAAGACUCACUUGAGCUCAUUAGUUUAAGAUCAGCCUGGGCAAUAUAAGGAGAUCCAGUCUCAAAAAAAGCUCAGCGUGUUGGUACAUGUGUGACAUCCCUAGGAAUGCAGAGGCUUGAGGGUCAGGAGUUUUACAUAGUGAGUUUGAAGCAAUCUUAGGCUGCUUGAGGAUCUGUCUCUAAAUAAUGAAUUUGCUGAACAUGUAGUGACCAUUUCCAGUCUACAUGAAAAAUCUUUGUCUACACAAGGUGUUGCUCCUGUAUUUUGUCUUUAUAGGUUGCUUUUCUCCCCCUUAUUCCAAUCUCUUCAGUGGUACUAAAUAUGGCAUCUGUUUCCUUUAUUACUGUUUUUGAUUGCUCAUUCCCUUUGCACUCUGAAAAGAUAAUUUUGCAUGAUCUUAUUGCAUAGAUUUAUUUUUGUGCUUUUUAGAUUGCUCUGGUUUUAAUUGAUACUGAUUUAUGCUUAAUUUCGUCGUCGUUCUUUUUUUGUAUAUAUUUGAUGAGCAGCUAGGCAAGCACUCUACCACCCUCCCAUAGUAGUAUGUGCUUUUGUCCUUUCAGCUAAAUCAUAGCUUCUCACUUUAGCCUGUUACCUUCCUAAUGCUCUCCUUCCUUAUUGGCACACUUUAUCCUGCUCUCACACGAGUCGGCCAACAUAGUGAGGCGAGAGCUCUCAGCAGAAUGGUGUGCAUGUGCUUUCAUUUUCUCUCCUCCUCCAGUCUCUCUUUAUUACCACCCUAUUUUCUAGAGAAAAGUCUCUUGUAUGUAAGGAAAGUUAUAGUGGUUUUCCAAGGGUAAAACAACGUGAGGUCCUUGAGUGACUAAAUUCUGCACUGAUGAUAAUGCAGCUCUGGAGAUGGUAGGUGACGCUUUAGUUACUGUGGAAGAAAUGUAAGUCUAGCCACAGCUAAAGAGACCGCAGAGGCGAUACGUUAUGGUCUGGGGAGGAACUGUGCUGUAAUAAUCCUCUAUGGGAAUUCAGUGUAAGCAUUCUCGUUCUUAGAAAUGCCCUUAGUCCCUUGCAAGAGAAUUGCUUUCAGAACCAAGUUCUACUGCCUUAACAUUGUGAUUAGUUGCUGUAUUUUCUGACAUUUGUUUGAUGCCUACCACAUCCUAGAGAAUAAGUCUUAAGAAUCUUAGGUGAAUAAACAAAUAUCUGUUAUACACUACUCUUAGACACCAUGUCUUCUUGAGUACUAAAAAAUCCAAACAGUUCACUAAUAAUUUCUUUAGAAUUCUUAGGUCACUUUCAAAGUCCUCAUCUCUGAGUCUUCAGGAUGUAUGGUUCCUUUACCUUUCUUUCAUGGGGUAAUUUUUCUUCUCUUGGUUGUUACAUCUUAUUCCCCCACUCUUAAUUUAGCUCAUCCUGGAGGAAGCAAGAUUUAUGGACUUGAUAUUUGCUAAUAAACAGUAAUUAACUGCUGUGAGCAUCUCAAGUCUGAAGCUAAACUGCAGAUUAAGGUAUAAACCUCUUGCUUAAACCUCAGAUACUUACAUGGCAUAGCCCUACUCUUCCAAAUGCCUUUCCCCCUCAGCACCCUAGUUUGUAGACAUUGUUACAACAGAGUAGGUAGACAGUCACAUGCCUUGUCCUGUAGGAGUCACUUACUUGUGAAAUAAUUACUUUCAGGUUGCUCUUUGACACCACUGGCUUGCUCCUUAAACACAAGCGUGUCACAAAAGUUUGUUUUGUUUUGUAAACAGAUGUAGAAAGAUGGUGCACAGAGAAGUAAGCAAGAACAAAACUUUUGGCUUUAUCAUAGAAUAACUCCUGGAUGGUACACAUUAGUUGCUGUUUUUUUCUAGGUGAUGUUUCUCUCUCUGUCUCCUAAGCCAGAAGACCUGGACAGACAAAUUAUCCUUGUAAAGCCUGUCUGUGUUUAUGUGCCUGUGGUGUAAAGCCUUGAUGUCUUUCUUUUAGUCAGGUCUUUAAAUCUUAGCAUCACAAAGUAGAAAAUCAUUCUACUUUUUGGGAGAAGGUCUUUAAGCAGAGUCAAAGAAAACAUUUUUCUUCCUAAAUAUUUAAUAGGAAAAGCUAUAUGAACCCUGCUUGGUGGACAUGCGUUCCAGCCAGGAGUUUGGUAAGGACUUUGAAGCUUCUCUGGAAUCAAGUGAUAGGCUGAGUCCCUCUGAGAGCCACAUUUCUGGUUGCAGUCAAACACUGAAUCUGCAUUUUCCCCAGUUCUUCAUUCUUUCCCUUAACCACGAUAAGGCUUUUCUUCUUCAGCACUGGAAUGACAAGGAAUCUGUACACUAUUUUUAGUAGGGAUUGGCCCUGUUAAUAGAGAGCUGUUAAGGCUUUUGCUAGAUCAUGUUCUGAGUCACUGAUAAUUCAAGCAGCUCACAGAAAAGGGGGUGUGAGCAGAGUUGUUGCGGCUUCAAUCUCUGCUGUGUUGGGGCCUGUACUGAAUCAGACAGGUGUGCCAGCUGGCAGUGGUAAGAGAAGUUAAGUCUUUUGGGAAGGGGCAGCUAAUUGUAGAAGACUACUAGUUAACACUCACCACAGACAGAGUCUUGAACAACUAGAAAUACUGUAUUCUUCCCUGAGGAGGUGGAAUGGGAAUUACCUUCUCUCAGUCCAGAGUGACAUGGUUGGAGAUAUGAUUGAACUUGUCUUGCUCACUGAGGCACGAGAGUCACGCAGGAAGGGUCCAGCUUGUAUUGGGAGUUUGUUUCCAGCUCUCUCCUUGCCUGUAUUGUUUUCUUUAACAGCUUUUUAACAUUUUCUUUUUCCAGCAAUGAUGUUGUCCGCUGGACAUUUUCUGACCAAGGAGGCAGGUCUGAGAACGUAGCUGAAGCUGAAUAAGAAAGCUGGGGGCAAGGAAGAGCCUUGAAUCCUGAGGUGGACGUUGACUCUAAGAUGUCCUUGAGCAGUGGAGCCUGCGGAGGGAAAGCAGUGGAUGCAAACCCGGUUGAGACAUACGACAGUGGGGAUGAAUGGGACAUUGGAGUAGGGAAUCUCAUCAUCGACCUGGACGCCGAUCUGGAAAAGGACCAGCAGAAACUGGAAAUGUCAGGCUCCAAGGAGGUGGGGAUACCAGCUCCCAAUGCUGUGGCCACACUACCAGACAACAUCAAGUUUGUCACCCCAGUGCCAGGUCCUCAAGGGAAGGAAGGCAAAUCAAAAUCCAAAAGGAGUAAGAGUGGCAAAGACACUAGCAAGCCCACUCCAGGGACUUCCUUGUUCUCUCCAAGUGAGGGAGCAGCAAACAAGAAAGAGGUGCAGGGUCGCUCAGGAGAUGGUACCAGUGCAGGAGGCCUGGUUGCUGCUGUUGCUCCCAAGGGCUCAGAGAAGGCUGCGAAGGCGUCACGCAGUGUGGCUGGCUCCAAGAAGGAAAAGGAGAGCAGCUCAUCUAAGGGCAAGAAGGAGAGAAGUGAAGGCGCGGGGACUUGUUCGGAAAAGGAUCCUGGGGUGCUCCAGCCAGUUCCCUUGGGAGGACGGGGUAGUCAGUAUGAUGGAAGUGCAGGGAUGGACACAGGAGCCGUGGAGCCGCUCGGGAGUAUAGCUAUUGAACCUGGGGCAGCGCUCAAUCCUUUGGGAGCUAAGCCGGAGCCAGAGGAAGGGGAGAAUGAGUGUCGGCCACUAAAGAAAGUCAAGUCUGAAAAGAUGGAGUCCCCGGUCUCCACCCCAGCGGUGCUGCCGCUGCACCUGUUAGUGCCGGUGGUCAAUAAUGACAUCUCAUCUCCCUGUGAGCAGAUCAUGGUCCGUACCCGAUCAGUUGGAGUCAACACAUGCGAUGUGGCUCUAGCCACAGAGCCUGAGUGCUUAGGCCCCUGUGAGCCUGGAACCAGUGUCAACCUUGAAGGCAUCGUGUGGCAGGAAACAGAAGAUGGGAUGCUGGUGGUAAAUGUGACGUGGAGAAACAAGACAUACGUAGGCACACUUCUUGACUGCACAAGACAUGAUUGGGCACCCCCAAGGUUCUGUGACUCCCCAACCAGUGACUUGGAAAUGCGCAAUGGUCGAGGAAGAGGGAAGCGUAUGCGUCCUAACAGUAACACGCCGGUCAGCGAGACAGCCACAGCCUCUGAUAGCAAAGGGACCAGCAGCAACAGCAAGACCCGAGCAGGAGCCAAUAGCAAAGGCCGUCGGGGUAGCCAGAACUCCUCAGAGCAUCGCCCUCCUGCCAGCAGCACCUCUGAGGAUGUCAAAGCCAGCCCUUCCUCAGCCAAUAAGCGGAAAAACAAACCUCUUUCAGACAUGGAGCUGAAUUCUAGCUCAGAGGACUCCAAAGGGAGCAAGCGUGUCCGUACAAAUUCCAUGGGCUCAGCCACCGGGCCCCUCCCUGGGACCAAGGUAGAACCCACUAUUGUGGACAGAAACUGUCCCUCCCCAGUCCUGAUUGACUGUCCCCACCCAAACUGCAACAAAAAGUACAAGCACAUUAAUGGGCUUAAGUACCACCAAGCUCAUGCCCACACAGAUGAUGACAGCAAACCAGAAGCUGAUGGAGACAGCGAAUAUGGAGAAGAGCCCACCCUCCACGCAGACCUCAGCAGCUGCAAUGGUGCACCUGUCUCACAAAAAGGAUCCUUGUCCCCUGCCCGCUCAGCUACCCCCAAAGUCCGGCUUGUUGAGCCUCACAGCCCUUCCCCUUCCAGCAAAUUCAGCACAAAAGGCCUCUGUAAGAAAAAACUGAGUGGGGAGGGAGACACAGACCCUGGAGCCUCAUCCAAUGAUGGGUCUGACGACGGACCCUCAGUAGUGGAUGAGACAAGCAACGACGGCUUCGACUCUGUGGAAAGGAAGUGUGUGGAAAAAGAAAAAUGUAAAAAGCCCUCCAGUUUGAAACCUGAAAAGAUUCCAUCCAAGAGCUUAAAAUCAGCCCGCCCCAUUGCCCCUGCCAUCCCCCCACAACAGAUCUACACUUUCCAAACAGCCACCUUCACAGCAGCAAGCCCAGGGUCCUCCUCAGGCUUGACCACCACAGUGGUCCAAGCAAUGCCCAACAGUCCCCAACUCAAGCCCAUUCAGCCCAAGCCCACUGUUAUGGGAGAGCCUUUCACAGUCAACCCAGCCCUGACCCCUGCCAAGGACAAGAAAAAGAAAGACAAAAAAAAGAAGGACUCAUCAAAGGAACUUGAAAGUCCUCUGACCCCUGGGAAGGUAUGCCGAGCAGAAGAAGGUAAGAGCCCGUUCAGAGAAUCAGCAGCAGAUGGAGUAAAAAUGGAGGGCCUUCUGAAUGGCUCCUCAGAGUCCCACCAGAGCCGAUUAGCUAGUAUCAAGGCUGAAGCUGAUAAGAUUUACAGUUUUACUGACAAUGCCCCCAGCCCUUCAAUUGGAGGCAGCAGCCGCCUAGAUAGUACUACCCCAACCCAACCCCUAACUCCCCUCCAUGUAGUGACCCAGAAUGGAGCUGAAGCCAGCUCAGUCAAAACCAAUAGCCCUGCCUACUCUGACAUCUCUGAUGCUGGGGAGGAUGGGGAGGGCAAGGUGGACAGUGCCAAGUCCAAGGACCCUGAACAGCUGGUUAAAGAAGGGGCUAAGAAAACACUUUUCCCCCCUCAGCCGCAGAGCAAAGACUCAGCAUAUUAUCAAGGCUUUGAAAGUUACUACUCUCCAGGCUAUGCACAGUCCAGCCCAGGGGCUCUCCCCUCAAGCAGCCAGGCAGGAAUGGAGGGCCAGGCCCUAAAGACAAAGAAGGAUGAGGAACCUGAGAACAUAGAAGGGAAAGUAAAGAAUGAUGUCUGUGAGGAAAAGAAGCCUGAGCUGAGCAGUUCUAGUCAGCAGCCCUCUGUCAUCCAGCAACGGCCCAACAUGUACAUGCAGUCCCUGUACUACAACCAGUAUGCCUACGUGCCUCCAUAUGGCUACAGUGAGCAGAGUUACCACACCCACCUCCUGAGCACCAACACUGCCUAUCGGCAGCAGUAUGAAGAACAGCAAAAGCGACAGGGCGUGGAGCAGCCCCAGCGGGGACUAGACAAGAAGACAGAGAUGGGCCUGAAAGAGCGGGAGGCAUCACUCAAGGAAGAGUGGAAGCAAAAGCCGUCAAUUCCACCAACUCUUACCAAGGCUCCCAGCCUAACAGACCUGGUGAAGUCAGGGCCGGGCAAGGCCAAGGAGCCAGGGACUGAUCCUGCCAAGUCUGUCAUCAUUCCCAAAUUAGAUGACUCAUCAAAACUCCCCAGCCAGCCCCCUGAAGGCCUUAAAGGAAAGCUGGGUGAGGCCAGCCACCUAGGCAAGGAGGCGUCUGAGGCUAAGACAGGCACUGAGUGUGGCCGACAGGCAGAGGUGGAUCCAAUACUCUGGUACCGACAGGAGACAGAGCCCCGAAUGUGGACAUAUGUUUAUCCUGCCAAAUACUCAGACAUCAAGUCAGAGGAUGAUCGGUGGAAAGAGGAACGGGACCGAAAAUUAAAGGAGGACAGGAGCCGGAGUAAGGACUCUGUUCCCAAGGAAGAUGGGAAGGAAAGCACAAGUAGUGACUGCAAGCUACCCACAUCUGAGGAACCCCGCCUUGGAAGCAAGGAGCCCCGACCAGGUGUCCAUGUGCCUGUGUCCUCCCCGCUCACCCAGCACCAGUCCUACAUCCCCUACAUGCAUGGCUACUCUUACAGCCAGUCAUAUGACCCCAACCACCCCAGCUACCGGGGGAUGCCUGCUGUGAUGAUGCAGAACUACCCAGGUUCCUAUCUGCCUUCCAGCUAUUCUUUCUCCCCGUAUGGCAGCAAGGUCUCAGGUGGAGAGGAUGCUGACAAGGCACGUGCCAGCCCCAGUGUGAGCUGUAAAGCCAGCUCGGAGUCCAAAGCCCUGGAUAUCUUGCAGCAACAUGCCAGUCACUACAAGAGCAAGUCUCCCACGAUAAGUGAUAAAAAUUCUCAGGAGAGAGAUCGGGGAGGCUGCGGGGUGGUUGGAGGUGGAGGCAGCUGUGGCAGUGUUGGGGGAGCAGGAGGUGCUGACAGGAGUGCUGACCGGCCCCGCACAUCCCCUUCCCAGCGCCUGAUGUCCACACACCACCACCACCACCACUUGGGCUACUCCUUGCUCCCAGCACAGUACAACCUACCCUAUGCCGCAGGGCUUUCUUCUACAGCCAUUGUUGCCAGCCAGCAAGGCUCAACCCCCUCACUCUAUCCACCCCCCCGGAGGUGAGAAUGAACACCAAGUGCCCAGAUGAAGUCAGCUUCAUGGGCCAGACUGGCUCAUUCGAGGUGAUGCUGGAGGUGCCAUUUUACCAUCAGUUACGGUGUUGAUCAUCCUGUUUGCCAUUCCUACCGUGACUGAAGGCAGACCUUGGCUUUCUCACCUCCACUAGACCCUCCGACCCCCUGACCCUCCCUCUUCCUCAGGAGCUGGAGAACUGGUACUUUGCAAAAAUAUUUAUUCUCUCAGCCACAGUUCUGACUGUUGUGGCAUCUAGGAGAUGAAGGCAUAGGAGCAACUGAGAAAACAGCCUCAUCCCAGAGAAGUGACUGCUCUGAUACCUUAGCCCCUGGGCUACUGCCAGAGCAGCACACACACACCUGGGAGGGACCCCAAGCAUGGGAUAAGGUCUGAAGACAGCACAGCAGCCAUACCCUCACCGUCAUUACACCAUAAACCAGAUUCCACAUCUCUUCAGUGGUUUGGGCCCUGGGAACUGGCAGCACGUGGAGAAAUUAGAAUCUCAGGAAAGAAGCAGGGGCUGUUUCCUCUGUAAUUAUGAAGAUAAGGUCUUCAAGUGUGGAGACAUCCCCCUCUGAUGUGAGCACAGAUAAAUGCUCGGAGCCUAACCCGUAAAGGGUAAAGUAAGGCUCUUGCCCCACCAUUGUCUUGUGCUCCUGUUAGGAGAAGACAGGGGUUCUAGCACCAGCACAGGCUCCCUGGGGAUGCUGGGAGGAGCUGGAGCAUAAAUGGAGUCUGUGAAAUUGAAUCUGCUUCCUCACCAAAAUUCCUGCUGCUUUUCAUCUCCCAACUCCUUGCCCUUUCUCUUUCUUUUUUAACCCCUUGGUGCCUUUCCCAGGGGGGGAUUCCCCAUACUGACCUCACCUCCUCUACUGCUUGGCUCCUACAACUCAGGCAGAAUAGACUUCUUCCCGGCAUGGGUAACCUUGGAUCUGCCACAUCACUUUAGAGCAGCAACCAGAAGGCAGGCUGUUCUUGGAGACAUUGAGUAACCUUCUCAUUUAGGGUCACAAAUGUGUACAUCCCAGUUUCUCUGUCUACAGGUACAUGAUUUAUACAGUUCACUCUGUAACUCCAUAUGUGCCAAUAUGAAAAGUGUCUUUGUAACACACAUUUUUUAGGAGCUGCUGGCCAAGGGAGGUGAUUUGCUCCUUAGACCCUAAAACAGCAUAUCCAAGCAUUGCGUGCCCAAGUCAGAGUGGACUCAGUGAGUGAGGCUUUGAGGUGGCAGGCAUUUCUCUAUUCUCCUGAGCCACAAAGUCGUGUUAGGGGAAGGUGAUGACCUAGUUGUUGGAGUCACUUCUCCGCCUGUGGGAUGUUUUCUAGUUCUCUGCUAUUGCAGGGUAUCACCCCUUUGUUCCCCUUUCCUCCUGUCUUUGCCCUUUGUACUGCAAGAGAGAGAGAAAGAUGCACAGAUACCAGCUUAGGCUAAUGGGGAGCUUGUAACAAGUGUGUCAAAAAUGACAGUUUGAGAGCAGGAAGGUGGGAAAGUGGGGUGGUGGGAGACAGUAAGCACAAAGCCCAAGAGAAACCAACUCCCAAGAAUCCACGGACCCUCCCUGUCAGGCUCUGGUAGUUAGCACCUCUGACCUCCAAACCUUCCUGUUUCCAAGUCCUUGUUUUUGUUCAAGUUGGGUUCUGGGCACUUGGAAAAAUCCUUUUGUUUUAGACCCAUUUGCAGGACUCCAAACAGCCUCCUCACCACCAUCGUUCCCUCUGCCCCAUGCUGCCCCAGUAAGUAGUAGUUUGGGCAGUGACCCCCUUUCAUUAAUGAAAGUAGAUGUUGGGGAUACCAUCUUACCUAACCUGAUACCCUUACUAAGAAAGUGACUGUCAGCCCAGUUAUGCCCCCAGGACUCCAGUGAGUAUAGCCAUGCUCCCAUCUGUUCCUGUUUUUUAAAUAUGGUUGUGUGUUUUGUAUGUAUCUGUGGCACUGGCUUUCAGUGUGCUUUGUACAUAUUGUAAAGACCAAACCAUUGGAGCAAUUUUGUUUUUCAUUGAGUAGGCAUGGCUCACAUUCCUGCCCUUUCCACUUCACCUUAUAACUGAGGAGGUGUGUCUGUAUUUGCAAGACAGCCUUAGCUUCUGCAGAGGAAACAGCUUUCUCUCUCACCUCUCCCUUCCCCCUCCAUCCGUCUGUCUCUCCCCUUCCUCUCCCUCUGUCCAUCUGUCUCUCUCCCCUCUUCCCCUUAGAAAAAGUCAGCUCUUUGUCCCCUCUGCCCAAGUGCCCACGAAGAACAGGCGUUGCUCUGAAAGAGGUUAGCAGUAGAAAAACGACACUGUUCUCAGCUUGAUCCUCCUGGUCCCUGGUCUGAGUCCAGUGUUCUCUCUCUGAAAUGGCACUGCACAGCUGCAGCUGUGGCAGUUCCUGACCAGUGCUUCUAUUGGCUGUUCACCUCCACACUCCACAGCAGGGAAAGAAAGACGAUCUGGUCCAGACCACCAAACCAAGCCUCUCACCAAGCCACCCUUGGUGCCCGUGCUCUUGGUGUUAAUGAUCUCAAGAGACCCAUGUGGAAGAGAAGCUAUAGGAAGUAGGGGCCUCAACCCUGAGGAAGGGCAGCUACCUUGACAGCUCUGCUGGAGUCACAUCUGCGUCCUUGUUUAUGGUGGCCAGCUCACUUCAGCUCUUUCCCAUCUUACACUCGUAGUCUCCACCUAGCCUACACUCUCCACACAUCUCCAAGAAACACAGAAGGGUCAGAGGGUACCCUCUGAAUGAUCAUUUCAUGCACCUCCUCUCCAGGCUCCAGGGUGGGGUGGGGGGACUUAGUUUGAGGAGUUAGACUGCAGAAGGGCUAGAGAAUUGGAUGUAGGUUUGAGGCCUCAUCACUUACCCCAUGUACCCUCUCUGUGUACUCUGAUGCCCCCCCCCCCAAGAUUCAGCUGGGCAGCUAGCUGGCCCAUAACUCUGGGCCUUUGUCAUUUAUUACUAGGGCAUCCCAGGAAACCUUCCAGUGAUUCCCUGCCAUGGGCCCCUCCCAGGCCUUGUCCCCAGCCCCUCCUGCCCCAGCCCACCCGCUUGCCUUGGUGCUCAGCCCUCCCGUUGGGAGCAGGUUGGGGCAAGCAGGAGGCCCGGGCUGGAGGGACAGUGUUGCUGUUCAUAGCUUUUGUUCCAUUGGCGUUGCUCUGUUGAAUUUAAUUUCAGUCUUCCUGAUUCUUCCCUUCUGUAAAGUGUACAUUACCAAGUUCCUUGUUUUUUUACAUAUAUAUAUAUAAAUAUAUAUAUAUAUAUACAAACUGUACUCUUUUUGCCUUUGUACAUUCAGGCAAGAAGAGAAAAUAAAUCUUUUUAAGAGACAAUCACAAAUCUGUGAGGGCUGCUGAUUAUUUCUCCUGGAGUUUGCUGCUGAGCUGCUGCCUCCUCCCCUAGCUGUUCUGUUCCCCCUCAGCUUCCCUGUCUUUUCUCUAGUCCUGCUCCAUAGCUCCUCAGCUUCACCUUUCCUGGCUGACAGCAAGCUGUUGAACCCAGUGUGCCGACUCCCUGCCCUGUAGCUUCUCUGCCCAGCAUCAUUUCCCAGCUUGGCCACUGGCUGAUCCUGUAUCCUGACUUCUUUUUUUAACCCUUAGAUCUCAUUCACCAAAGUGGCUUUGGACCCUUGGGUGCUCUGGGACCUGCCUCCCAGAGGCCCUUGGCUUUGGACAUUCAUUCAUCUAUGAAACUAUGCACCUGGGAGCUCUCUGCCUGAGAUUUUUGCACUACUUAAACCUGCCUGGGCGUUAGAAUGAAAGGUUUUUAGGAACAAGUGGGAAAUUACCUGCCCCACCCCCACCCAAACACUCCACCCCACACUACCCCUAGCCUCAGAGGUCUGCUGGUCCUAGGACUCCUCCUGGACUCCAUGGUUACCCUAUGACAUCAGGGCUAAGGAACUACUGGUAAGAACUUUUAAGACUCUGAAACAGCCCAGCCAAACCAUGUUCAGCCUUUCUUCUUUCCUUACCUUCUCUCCCCUCUUCCCCCUUUGUUUCUACUUCCUUUUCUUAAUUGGCUUUGGAAUUGAAGUAUAUUUUUAAAUUAUUUGUUGUAUUUAUUGAAUAAAGUUUUUAAUGUCCCUGUUCUUACAU